ACAUUUUUUCCCUCUGGAAUUCUGUUAUGAUUAUGUUUCUUUCUUUAUAGGCAAUACUGUACCUGCAUUCUCAGUGUCCUGGGACUAUGGAAAUACCACACAACAUCACAGAAUUUUUCAUGCUGGGACUCUCACGGAACCCAGCAAUACAGAGAGUUCUCUUUGUGGUCUUUUUGAUCAUCUAUUUGGUCACGGUUUGUGGCAACAUCCUCAUUUUGGUCACCAUCACCUCCAGUCCCAGCCUGGCUUCCCCCAUGUAUUUUUUCCUUGCCAACUUGUCCUUUAUUGAUACCUGUUAUUCUUCCUCUAUGGCCCCUAAACUCAUUGCUGACUCUUUGUAUGAGGGGAGAAUCAUCUCUUAUGAGGGCUGCAUGGCUCAGCUCUUUGGAGCCCAUUUUUUGGGAGGCGUCGAGAUCAUUCUGCUCACAGUGAUGGCCUAUGAUCGCUACGUGGCCAUCUGCAAGCCCCUGCAGUACACGAUCAUCAUGACCAGGCAUCUCUGUGCCCUCCUGGUAGGGGUGACUUGGCUGGGGGGAUUCCUGCAUUCACUGGUUCAGCUCCUCCUGGUUUUUCGGUUGCCCUUCUGUGGGCCCAACGUAAUCAAUCACUUUGUCUGUGACUUGUACCCCUUGCUGGAACUCGCCUGCACCAACACAUAUGUCAUCAGUUUGCUGGUGGUCGUCAACAGUGGUGUGAUCUGCCUUUUGAACUUCUUCAUGUUGGCUGCCUCCUACAUUGUCAUCCUGUGCUCCUUGAAGUCCCACAGCACAGAGGGGAGACGCAAAGCCCUCUCCACCUGUGGGGCCCACUUCACUGUUGUUGCCCUGUUCUUUGUGCCCUGUAUAUUUACUUAUAUGCGUCCUUCCUCUGCUUUAUCUAUAGACAAAAACAUGGCAGUGUUUUAUGGUAUUCUGACACCUAUGUUGAAUCCACUCAUUUAUACUCUGAGAAAUAAAGAGGUAAAAAAUGCCAUGAAAAAGCUCGUCACACAGUAAGAAAUUGCAAGUGGA